UUUUCGUCAGUCCAUCGAUUGAUCGAUUUAGGUUUGUUUAUAAUUUGUGUUGUUUAUUGAUAUAACUUUUAUUUUGUGUUUGGUCGGAACAACUACUAUGAUUGUCAAUUUAUGCAGUAGUUAAAAUUUACCUAUAGACCAACAAUAUUAAUAACAUGUCUACAUCACUUAACUCAACUGCAAUCAAUUCUACUAAUUCAGCCCCUUACCUGACGAGUGAUCGGACAGAACUAGCACCUCUCUGCAAUGCCCAACAGGACACAAGGGGCUUACGAAUAGUCAUCAGUUGCCUGACUGUGUUUACUGUGUUGGUUUCAAUGGCGUUGAUGACACAACUGCAUCGUGGGGACUAUCAGGUUGUGCCCCAUGGGAGUGUGGUCAGUGACAAUAGUGAAUGUUCUGCUGCCGGUGUGGCUGUGAUGAAGAAGGGCGGCAGUGCUGUAGAUGCUGUCAUAUCUACCCUCUUCUGUCUAAGUGUUGUUUCACCUCACCUUGUCGGGAUAGGCGGGGGAGGAUAUAUGCUCGUGUAUGACCAGCGAAAGAGAUCCAUUGUGGGUUGUCUUGACUUCCAAGCUUCUCUAGGGAACUCAAACUCAAGUAUCGGAGUCCCAGGCUUUGUAGCUGGACUCUACCAGGCACACAAGUCAUUUGGGAAACUACCUUGGUCCUCUCUCCUCAAUGCUGCUAUUGAAAUGGCAGGGACGGAGUUCAUAGUUAGUGCCAGUCUGCAGGCAGCCUUGUCGCGGGCCGCAGACAGGAAGGAGCUCAAGGACUUGUUGAUGAGUGGUCACAAUUUCCAGUUAGUCUCCACUCUGCAGACGUUGGCUCUCAACGGAUCCGAUGAGCUGUACAGUGGCAGUCUGUCUAGCCAGUUGACUCAAUUUGUGAAUGCAGAAGAUCUAGCCAAGUACAGAGUGUUAUCGGACAAUUGCGUGGAAACAACUAUUGGUCACUACAAGGUGGCUGUGGCCGGUUCUAACUCUGGCGGCCCAACUCUUCUCAGCUUACUGCUUAAAAUCAACCAGACGUUAGCUGGUGACAAUCCAAUCCUCACCGUGGCUUCCAGUCUCAGAGAAACACCAGCAGUAUCGAAGCCAUAUUCUAGUGGAGUCAAUGUUGUGGCAGUAGAUCACAAUGACAUCUAUGUCUCUGCUGUAUGUGGACUUGGCUCAGUGUUGGGUUCACUAGAGCUGACCUCUGGUGGAUAUGUAAUGAACGACAUGAUGGCAUUCAGCUCUACCAGAGGUGGGAGAGAGGAGAGUCGACCUGACACUCUAGCCACACCUGUAGUCGCCACCCAGACCGGCAGUGCCUGUGGCAACCGGAUCGUUAUGGGGGCAAGUGAUAUGAGAGACGCAGCACAGCUGCUGGUGGAAUUGUUGCGCCCAGUUGGCAAACCUGAGUCAGAUAAUUGGCUGUCUACAGUUUCAGACUAUCCCCGUGCCAGACUACUUCACUCUAAGGUUCUACUAGAGGAUCAUAUGCCUCGGCUGGACGAUCAUCAGGUAGCAGAACUCGGAGCACUCAACCUCACUGUCAAUUCGACCCCAGGACCCUACCCCACCCUCAACAUCAUCCACAAAUUCGGAGACACUGUUACAGCAGUGGCUGACUCCCGUGGCGAUGGAGCACCAGCUUCCUUCUAGUACUUACUGUGAUUAAUUUAUUUAUUGUAACUCAAUGUUAUGUGUAUUUUUAUUUAUUUAUAAUAAAUAUUACAUUUUUACUAAAA